GCGGUUUCACUAAUAAAGCGCAGCGUCAUCCGCAUACUAAUCCAUUUCAUCUGACCGCCUCAAUUCGUCGCUAGUCUCAUCGUCCGGUCCAAUCCCGAGCUUUCCUCUCCUCUGUCGAAUCAUCGCUCCACCGCUUUUUUUCUUACCGAACGCUUAGACGAGCUUCGCCCCCGCCGCCAUGGUCGAUGCACCCGAGGCGUCCGCAGCAGCAGCAGCAGGAGCGGAGGCCGGCGAGUCGCAGGAUCCGAAGCUCGUGCUCGCGCAGAAGCUCUUCCUGCUGCGCCUGCCGUCCACGUCGGAUCUCGAUAAGGCUCGGAUAAAGGACGAAGUGCUCGAAGAGAUCUUCCGUGAUGACCUGGCGACGCUGUACGUGGCGGGCAGCAGCGAGUACGGGUGGGAGGUGCAGCAGGAGAAGGUGGAGGCGAUGCAGGCGCGGAUAGCGGAGGAGGUGGUCAAGCUGGACGACAAGAUCAAGGAUGCGGAGGAGAAUCUGGGUGAGAGCGAGGUGCGCGAGGCGAUGCUGGCAAAGGCGCUCUACUUCAUCCGCGUGGGGGAUAAGGACAAGGCACUGGAGCAGCUGGAGGCCACCAAGGCCAAGACGGUAGCCGUGGGUCUCAAGAUGGACCUCGUCUUCCACGCUCUGCGAGUGGCUUUCUUCCACCUCGACUUCCCCCUCAUCUCCUCCAACCUCGAUAAAGCUAAGAAGCUCCUAGAGGAGGGGGGCGACUGGGAGCGCAAGAAUCGCCUCAAGGUGUACGAGGGCCUCUAUUGUCUCGCCUCGCGCAACUUCGCCCGGGCGGCGGACCUCUUCCUCGACUCUAUCGCCACCUUCACCACCUACGAGCUGCUGCCGUACCGCACCCUCGUGUUCUACACCGUUGUCAUGAGCGUGGUGGCGCUCGAUAGAGUGGCGCUCAAGCAGAAGCUGCUGCCGUACCGCACCCUCGUGUUCUACACCGUUGUCAUGAGCGUGGUGGCGCUCGAUAGAGUGGCGCUCAAGCAGAAGGUGAUCGACACCCCUGAGAUCCUGACAGUCAUCGACCAGAUCCCCCACCUGGCUCCCUUCCUCAACAACCUGCAUGCGUGCAACUACAAGGACUUCUUCCAUGCCUUCUCGGGCUUGACGGAGCCCAUAAGGGAGGACCGCUACCUGCACCCGCACUUGCGGUUUAUCUUGAGGGAGGUGCGCGUGGUGGCGUACUCGCAGUUUCUCGAGAGCUACAAGAGCGUCACGGCGGAUGCCAUGGCGAGGAGCUUCGGCGUUUCGCUGGACUUCAUUGACCGGGAGUUGUCACUGUUCAUCGCGAGCGGGCGGCUCAACUGCAAGAUAGACAAGGUGGCGGGGGUGCUGGAGACAAAUCGGCCAGAUGCAAGGAAUGCGCAGUACCAGACGGUGCUGAAGCAGGGCGAUCUGCUGCUCAACCGCAUUCAGAAGCUAUCGCGAGUCAUUGAUGUGUGAAUUAGGAUGCUUGCAAGAGCGGCUGUUGACCGGAACAAAUAUUUGGCUGGACAAGAAAGUGGAGAUUCGCCAUUUUCGCGCGUGCUUCAGGUUGUGCUUAUUACAACCCCCUUGACCAUUUUAGCCUUGAGUUUUCAGAUCCCUCAGGAGAUUGCAGAAUACGGCUCGAUAGUCUAUUCAAAUACAAAGCU